GAAACCAGUUUAUGAAGAAUUUGAAGUUUUUCCCUCUGUUGAUUUUUCUUCGAAAGGAAACGCUUGUCCUUUAGUUGACCCAAAGCUCACCAAGCCAAAGAAAGAAGGUCGUGCUGGGAAGUUUGAAACGAAAGGUUUUUGUGAAUGUUGUCAGUCGUCCUAUCUUGGGGGUGAAUCAAAGCAUCGGAAAACUGUGCAACAUAUAAACUUUGGUGAGAACGGCAACAACUACUCGAAGUUGGACGAUUAUCUCCGUGGCAACCGUCUCGAUCUGCAAUCAUUUUUACGAAAAAGAAGAAAAACCUCACCACUGCCACCAAGUGGGUGUGAGUCCAUGUUUGUCGAGCGUGUUAGAAAGAUUCCCCUAAAAAGAGAAAUUUUUCCAAACAAGGAAAUUCCCCCCAAAAGGGAAAUCCCUACGACUACCUCAGGGGAAAUCCCCAAUAAUCGUGUUUUAACGAGAUCUCAGUUAGGGACUUCCCCACAGAAACCUACUUUACUUGAAAUACCCGGGGAAUCCCCAUGUUUACAACCCCGAAAAUACCCCUUGCGCGAAGCAAAGUCACCCUCAAAUGUGGGGAAACCCCAUUCAACCCCACUUAGACGAAGCCCUCGGAAAAGGUUGGCCGUCUCGGCAACGAAGCGUAAACGAGAAACAACUAUGCCCUCUAGUGACGAUAUGUUAUUUCUAUUUUCCUCUUUCGACGAUAAAACAUUAGAUUCAGAUUUUUUAGAAAAAUAACAUUUUUGUCGCGCAAGAAAUUUUGUAUUAAAUUUUUAUAAUAUUCCCUGAAAGUACCCUCUCUGAAAGUAUUUUUAUAUUUUGAAAACAGUUUUGUUGUCUUAAGAUAAAACACAGAAAAAGGUGUAGCAUUAACUGAAACAACAGUUAACCACAAGCAGUAACUGCAUUUGAUUUAAAAUUACCACAAUUUUUGAAUUCAUUUAUUUUACACAGAAAUAUUUUUUUAACAAUUUUCACUUUUUUUCACAACCAUUUAUUUUCAAAAUAGGUUUUGUCUUUAAUUGAAACCCCCGAUGUUUGUUGUUUCUCGGCAAACUUGGAAUAUGCUUCUUGUUGUUCAACCAUCGUCUUGGAAUCCAUGUCUUCCAUCUCUUCGUCAUCGCCAUCCUCCUCUUUUACUUUCGUCAAAAUCUCUGGGAAUUCAAAUGUUUCGUUGUUUCCCUGAAAAUCGACCAUAAUUUAAUGUUUGAGUGUAGGCAUGGGAGUAGCAACCAUGGAAAAGCCACUCAUAACGUAAUUUGUAUUAAUCUCUUUAAAAGCAAUAGCGAAGAUCUUUUUUAAAACAAACUCGCAGCAGGUAAAAGUUGUUGAAAUGGAUAAACAGGGAACGAGCGUCAGUUAAAAUCAUUGUAGUUCCCUAAUAACUGGAAAAUGCUCAAUUUACAAAAUUCAUGAAAUAAAUUUUAAAAUUGGGGUGCACCCU